CCGGCCAUAGCCAUACAGAAACCCUGCGUACUGGGCCCAGGUGUCAGCGACCCACUCUCGCUCCCUCCCCUGAAACUGUCCACGCCUCCACGGAGCUCCGAGUAGUCGGAGGCAGGCAGCGAUGGCCUCGCCGGCGGUGGCGAUGCGGCGCCCGUCCCCCACCGUCCUCGCCUCCGCCCCUCGCCGCCGUCCCCGCCGUCACGAGUAUUCACCUUCCAACUCGAGCUCCCCAAGUUCGGCUUCACGGUUAAAAGUUACUGCACUUUUUGGUUGGAUCAAGGGAGAUAGAUAUUCGAGAACUCGUGAAUUGAUCCCUUCUGCUGAAUCGUACACUCUCACAGGGUCAGCCUCAGAGGUGGACAUGAAGCCACGUGAGGUAUCAAUUUCUGUUGUCUCUUCUAUCAUGGACAUACCUCCGGCAGAGUGGGAUGCAUGUGCAGUUGAUUCAGCUGAGCCUGAAAAGUUUAAUCCUUUUCUUACCCAUGCAUUCCUCUCAAGCUUAGAGGAAUCAGGUUCUGCGGUGAAGGAAACAGGGUGGUUACCUCUGCAUGUUGUUGCACGGGACGAGAACGAAAGUAUUAUAGGUGUUGUUCCGCUUUACCUUAAAAGCCAUUCUAGGGGUGAGUUUGUAUUUGAUCAGUCAUGGGCGGAAGCUUACUACAGCUAUGGACUUGAAUACUAUCCAAAGUUGCAGUCUUGUGUCCCUUUUACUCCAGUAACUGGUCAAAGAAUAUUACUUCGAGAUACAUCCUACCGGGAUCAAGUUUUUGAUGCGUUAGUUAAAGCUUUGAAGAAUUUGGCUACCAAGCUGAAUGUGUCAUCACUACAUAUAACUUUUCCAUCUGAAGGUGAAUUUAGCAAGUUGAAGGAUAGUGGAUUGUUGCAAAGAAUCGGGUUGCAGUACCAUUGGCGAAACCGGAAUUACAAAUGUUUUGAUGAUUUUUUGAUGGAUUUGAAGCAGCCCAAACGGAAGAAUAUCAGACAAGAACGUAAAAAGAUUCCUGCUCAGAACUUAAAAAUGAAGCGGCUCCGUGGAGAUGAAAUAACGAGCAGCCACUGGGAUACCUUCUAUAAAUUCUACCGUAACACAACUGAUAAUCACUGGGGCAGAGCCUACUUGACACGGGAGUUCUUUCACCUUUUGGGUGAAAAGAUGGGCGACAAGGUAAUGCUAAUUGUUGCUGAACAUGAUGAUAAACUUGUCGCUGGAGCUCUUAAUCUGAUUGGAGGUGAUACAUUAUAUGGUCGCUUAUGGGGAUGCCUACCAGAUGCACAUUUCCCCAAUUUGCAUUUUGAAGCUUGCUAUUACCAGGCAAUUGAAGCAGCCAUAGAACUAAACCUGAGUAAGGUGGAAGCAGGUGCUCAGGGAGAGCACAAGAUCCAGCGUGGUUACCUCCCUGUGACAACUUACAGCUGCCACUACUUCUUAGAACCUGGUUUUGCGACAGCUAUAGGAAAUUUUCUUGUACAUGAGACAGCUCAGGUUAAGCAUGUCAUCAAUGUCCUGCAUGAAUCAGGUCCAUACAAGGAAGACAUAUUGAAAGAAUUUGCUCCUCAGCCAGAUGGUGAAAUGUAGAAGGGUGGAAGGAACUUGCAGCUAUGAAUACAACCAUAAAUACAACAGAUGUAGCAGUAGGAAGACGGGCAAUCCCAUGCCGCAGGAGGGAAUAUUGUGAUUUCAAUGGCUCGGGUCCCUCACCUACCUUUGUACAUUAUUAUUACUAGGCAUGUAAAUAGCAAAUAUUUAAUCUGAAAUCAUCCAAUAGAAAGGUCCCAUCUGAAAGCAAACAUUUUAUCGUGCAA